CGUGAAGAAGCCUUAAAGAAACGACGUGAAGCUGAUGAAAAGGCAAAAGCUGAAGCUGAUGAAGCUAAGGCAAAAAUGGAUGAAUUGGCAAGGAAGAGAAAGGAAUCUGCUCAAAAGAAGAUAGAUGAUGAACAAAAGAGGAAGCAUGAUGAAGAAGAAAAACGGAAGAAAUCCUUGGAAGAUAAGAAAUUGGCAGAACAGAAGGCCAAUGAAGAAGCUGAAGCUGCAAGGAAGAAAGCUUUAGAAGAACAAAAGGAAGUUGAUACGGGUGUUAAAAAGUUUGUUUUGGAAGAUGAAAGACCGAAGGAUGUUAAGGAAGAUUUGCCAACACAAUUUGAAAAAUUAGAGAAGACAAAGUUGGAAGAAAUGCCAGCAAAACAAUCAAAAGAAGAGGAAGCAAAGACACCCGAAACUAAAAAAGAACCAAUGUCCUUAAUGAAGAAAAAGAUGGAGGAAGAAAAGGAAAAAGCCAAAAAACUGGCGGAAGAGAAGAAAUUAAAGGAAGAUGAAGAGAAGAAAAAGAAGGAAGAUGAAGCUAAGAAGAGGAGAGAUGAAUUACUGGCUAAGAAGAAGGAUGAGGAAGGAAAGAAAAAAGAAGUAAAAGAAGAGCCUCCAAAGAAACUCGAUGAUUCUAAGAAAGAUGAGGAUGAGAAGAGAAAGAAGGAACGUGAAGAAGCCUUAAAGAAACGACGCAAAAAUGGAUGA